CAAGCAAAACAAAAGGGUUUUCUCAUCAUCAUCAUCUUCUUCUUCUUCCUUGGAUAUGUUGGCUGAAGUUGCAACCCAACAAUUGAUGGAGUUGGGGAAUGGGAAUGGACUCACAACCAAGUGGGUUUUUGACGAAAAAGCUGUUCUUGCAGAAUUCAUCAGUUUCUGUGCUAAAAAGAAAAGGUCAGAGUUCAAAACAUUCCACUUCAGUGACAUUAACAUACCCAAGAAGAAAAGGUCAAGUAUGAGGAGGACUCAAAGAAGGUUUUUGCCACAUGCUUCUCAUGAUUCUGUCCUAAGUAUAAGUUGUAUGAAUAUGAAAAGGAAGAGGCUUUCUGCUCAUUCUGGGAGUGAUCAUGGUCAUGAAGACAACAACAAUGAAGCACUAGUGCAAAAGAAACAAAAGCUGGUUCAUGUCAAAAGUACUGCAGAUGUAAAGUCACCAUCAUCACUGAAACGAGAGAUGCCUCAAGACAUGAAAAACAGGAUUAGUAGCAUUGGUGGUGGAGACCUCAAAUUGGUGAUCGAGAAGGAACUUUUUGAUACUGAUGUCGCCGACAAUAACCAACGGUUUUCCAUACCGAUGAAACAAGUUAAAGAGGAUUUUCUUAGCGAAAAGGAUCAGACUGAGUUGAAGCUACGUAAUGGUCACAAUCAGAAGCAUCUUGUUGGUAUACCUGUUAAAGUGUUGGAUCCAUCUCUAAAGGAGUACACUUUACGCCUCAAGAAAUGGACCAUGGGAGGUAGUAUUGUGUACAAUCUGGUUUCAGGUUGGAGAGAAAUUGCCAAGGCAAACAAAUUGAAGACCGGUGAUACACUGCAGCUAUGGUCAUUCCGAGAUGACUCCAACAAGCUUGGCUUUGCACUUGUUAAAGUUAGCACCACAACAAUGGAGGUUGAUCAAAGUGGACCUGGUGCAAGAACCAGUAGCCAAAAUGGGACAAACAGUCACACUCUCUCAACUGCCAAAGUAAAUUCACUGAAGACAUCUGAUGACACAGUGCAGUGUUGGUCGAUCAAGUGUAAAUCCCAGUUUCGCUUUGCACUUGUUAAGGUUAGCAAGACCAAGGUGGAGGUUCAACAAUGUAGACACGGUGCAAGCACUUGUAGCAGUAGCCAAAAUGGGCAAACGGGCUCCUCCGUUUCAUGUAUCAGCCAUGACUGUUAA